UUGCGAAGCAGCUGAGGGCUGGCUAGGAAGGGGGCGGUGGCGGCGGCGGCGCUUUGCGGGCGGGACAAGGCUCUUGAGAGAGAACAUGGCGGAGGCGGAACCGACCCCGCCGCUCCCUGCAGCGGGAGAGAAGCAAGGCAAACGCUGCUCCGGUCCUCACUCUUCCCUCUCUCGGUUAUGGCUGCCUCGCCAAGAUAAGUUGGAGCGGAAGGGGAAAGUUAGAGCCCCUCGUCCGAGGCCGCCCCUACUUGGGACUGUUGGGCGAAGAAGGCGACGUGGGCACGGAGGAGGAAGUAACUCGCGCCUUACUUGUCGCUGCGGGGGGAAAAAAAGUUCUUGCCGGCCGGACUUGGCUGGCAACGGCGGCAGCGGCCUCAGCUGGGAGCCGCAGCCCCGCCUAGUCGGGCUGAGCUGAAGCAGCUCACUGUUUCCAUUCUCUACCCCAGCGGGAAGCUGGGCGGCCGCUCCUCAGGCUGCGAUAAGCUGCUUCCGCUUCCCAUUCUCUUGCCAGAAUCCGUUUUCAGCUUUUAAAGGGUGGAUUGCAGCAGCAGCGGAGAUCCUAUUCAACCAGAUCCCCAGUUUAAAGAAGAGCUGUUUUCGGACCGAUCCUUGGUCUUUAAGAGCUGGAUAGAAUUCAGACUCUUAAAGAGGGAGAAACAGCACCCGCACGAAGAAAGAUAAUUAGAGAAUACUGUAUUGGCUAUAGUUCUGUUAGUGCUAUUUUCGCCAUUACAAAAUCACUGGAGUAGAGGCAUUUGGAUAGAAAGAUGAAGGCAACCUGUGGUUUUAAGGUGAUUUAAGAUUUACAUCAUGCGUGAAUAUAAACUAGUAGUUCUUGGUUCGGGAGGUGUUGGGAAGUCUGCGUUGCAAGUUGAAGUAGACGCACAACAAUGUAUGCUUGAAAUCCUAGACACAGCGGGAACGGAACAAUUUACAGCAAUGAGAGACCUCUACAUGAAAAAUGGUCAAGGAUUUGCUUUAGUUUAUUCCAUCACAGCACAAUCCACAUUUAAUGAUUUGCAGGAUCUACGAGAACAAAUUCUUCGAGUCAAAGACACUGAUGAUGUUCCAAUGAUUCUGGUUGGCAAUAAGUGCGACUUGGAAGAUGAACGAGUUGUGGGAAAGGAACAAGGACAAAAUUUAGCAAGGCAGUGGAAUAAUUGUGCAUUUUUAGAAUCUUCUGCAAAAUCAAAGAUAAAUGUUAAUGAGAUCUUUUAUGACCUUGUGCGACAAAUUAACAGAAAAACUCCUGUGCCUGGAAAAGCACGCAAAAAGUCAUCAUGUCAGUUACUUUAAUACAUGUAUGUACUGUAGCACUGAGCCAGGUCUGAAGAACUGUUGCCGACUACAACAGUGCCAGCAUUCCAACUUUAUUAAAACUACCAACAUCUUAAAUGGACUUUCCUGUGGUGGUACCCUUAUAAAAUGGAUGACAGCUACAUCAGUUUGCACAUUCUAAUCACUUUCCAGUGUCACAAGAGAUUUUUACGUAUACAUAAUCUAAGUGUAUGCAACUGGUAAAACCAGAGCCUACAUCCAGUAUUACCAGUGAGAGACAUUGUUCAUCUACCAAUGUUGUACAUGUAUGAAAUCUGUACUGUAUACUGCAACAAACCCCAUACUUCCUAUUGGAGAGUACAAUAAUGUAAAUCAUAAAAGCACCACUAUUUUAGCAUAAUAAAAGAAAGUCCAAAGAGCUCCUAUAUAGACUACUCCAGAUAACUUUGCUUCAUUGGUAUUUGUAGCUUAUUGUAACUUUUUUAAAAAAAUACAGGAUCAUCAUUGUAUUGUACAAAAGCGCUUUGAUUAACACAACAGCUAUAUAGUUUUUUAAUUUUAGGAUAAAAAAAAACCUGUGGAGACAGUGAAUUAGUGUCUUUAACACGAGUCCUUUCAGUAUAAUGUCUGCCUAAAGACAUUGCCUUUAAUAUCUGUUGGGAAGGAAAUGUCCAGAUUUUUCAACCUUUUAUCGUAUGUUUCCUUUUCCUUGUUUACAUAGGGAACAAUGUUUAUAGUUGUGUGUACAGUGGGGGUCUACAACAAGAAGUGUAUAUUUUAAAACAAUUUUUUAAUGAUUUAACAAUUUUUUGUAAAUCAUUUUUGGGCUUCUGCAGCUGUAGAUUCUCACUGAAUUCCUUGCUUGCUCAUGCAUAAGUGUAUUUGCAAUACCAAAUAUACAGGUUUAGUACUUUUGCCUGUUAGUGAUUGUUUUACAUGUGUAACGUUUUGGUUGAGAUGUUAAAUGGUGGACGAGUACUGUGGAUGUGAAUGUGGGAAGUAAUUUUAAUCAUGUGUAAUUGGUCCCAAGGCCUAAGUUGCAGUAAUUACCUUUUUGCAGAUUUAUUUAACAAUGCCUUGUUGCUUUGUAUGCAUUGUUUGGGUGUAAAGAUUGCGUGUAAAAUCCAACAGGGAGCCACAGUAUUUAAAUUGACAACCUAAUGUUACAAUGCUUUGAGGUGGCCAAAUGUAAACUAAAAGCCUUAAUUAAAAGUGGUGCAAUUUUGUAUGACUUAGCAUCAGUAGUUCAAUAAAUUUGGAUUGCCAUGCAAGGGCUUGCAUUACAA